AUGGGUUUUAAUCACGAGGUAGUAAAGGUUGAUUCAAUCAAAGUGGUCUCUUCAGUCGAAAAACUUCCUACCACUGAAGAGCAAAAAUCUAGUUCAAAGGUCGGGUUGAACUCAAAGGAUGGUAAUCAGAUGGUUCACAGAAUCAUUGUGGGAGGAUAUGCUGGUAUCAUUUCGAUCAUUGAAUUCGAUGAAACCAUUCAACAAUUAGUCGAGAUGGAUUCGUUGACCGAUUCGAUUGUUGGAAAAUCCCCAACUUGGAUUACCACAAGCCAUGAUGGGAAACUCUUCUAUAGCUCAAAUGAAGUCAACGAUAUAGAUGGUAAAAAGGAUACAGGAAGCAUCUCUUGCUUUAGAUUGGUUGAAAGUUUACAAAAACUUGAAUCGAAAGAAAAGAAAACUUUAAAGAUUGAACCUAUUGAUCGAAUCUUAUCAAGUCCAGGAGGGACAGCUAGUCGUCAUGAGUUAAACUCGGAUGGUACAUUCAAGUCGAAGGAUAAAUCGGAUCAAAUGUUCAGUUAUCAUGCAACAGGUCCUCAUCCCGUAAGACAAGAUCACUAUUGUAUGAACAAGCCUACUGGUCAAGUUGCAGCAUUCACAGAUCUAGGUGGUGAUCGAGUUUACUUUCAUUCAGUUGAUAAUCAAACUGGGGAGCUUACUCCAAUUGAAACUAUUGAGCUCAAACCAGGUUCUGGUCCGCGUCAUUUGAUAUUCUUUGUGGUCAAUGAGACCAGGACAGAUAUCUAUUUAAUUUGUGAAUUAUCGAAUGAAAUUCUUUAUCUCGAAAUGAAUCAAAAUUCGACAAAUAAAUCAAGAAACAUCAAACUCAAACAAAUCUUGAGUACUUUACCUACCGGAGUUAAUCCUGAAGAUACAACAUUUACUGGAGGUGAAAUCGAACUUAGUUUUGAUGGAAAGUUUUUAUAUAGUACAACUCGUCAAACCGAUUUAAAAAAACCGACUCAAGAAAAUUCGAUUUUGAUCUUCAAGAGGGAUUUAUCAAAUGGUAAAUUAGAUUUGAAUCCAAAAGAAUUGAAACUUAAUUUAAUGGGUCAUACUCCUCGUCAUUUUUCUUUUAGUAAAGAUCCUAAACAAAAAUUAAUGGUUUUAGCUACUCAUGAAUCUAAUUUGAUUGGCAUCUAUUCUCGUGAUGAAUUUAAUGGUGAAUUGAACUUGAUUCAUUUGAUUGAUGUCAAGAGUUUACCUACUGUUGCUCAGUUCAUACCUUUCUGA